CGUGCGUCUGUUGCAUAGUCUGGUAGUGGUACCUGCUGUCCGAUUUGUCCAUCAUGCGAUCAACAAAGUCAGUCAAAUUUUAACUUUUUUGAGUUCCAGGAAUAAUCUUUUGCACAGGUUUUGCUGACAAACUUUCAAGAUGUAUCGUCUUACAAUUGGAGAUCUUCUAGACCGCUUCAAGAACGGUACCCUGACCUGUGAAGCAUAUACUAAGCGGAUGAUCCAGCGGGCUGUGGACCUGAAGAUGUUCAAUUACUUCAUCUCCAUGGAUACAGAGCGGAUGUUGCAAAAAGCCAAGGAGGCAGAUGCCAGGUAUCGGAGCAAGAUCAAUCUACCUCUUGAAGGAAUCUUAAUCGCCAUAAAGGAUAACAUCGACGUAGAAGGAGAGGCGACUGGAGCUUGUACUCCGGGUCUAGCUGGUCUCAAACCCAAGCACACAGCUGAGGUUGCUAAGAGGCUUUUUGAUGCAGGGGCAAUCCACGCUGGUAGGACCAACAUGCACGAGCUGGCUGCUGGAGCGUCAACUAUUAAUACGUACACAGGAUCCUGCCACAACUUUCACAACUUUGACUACACGUGCGGGGGGAGUAGCGGUGGAAGUGGAGGGGCAGUCGCCGCCGAUAUCGUCCCCGCCGCCCUCGGCACCGACACUGGAGGAUCAAUCCGAAUUCCCGCUUCCUUUAAUGGGAUAUUUGGUCUGCGUCCCACAAGUGGGCGUUGGCCGGCUGACUUCGGCGUCAAGAUGUCGCAUGUUAGAGACUCCGUCGGCCCCCUAACAAGGAGCGCCAAUGAUAUCGCGAUCCUAGAUCACGUGAUGACAGGGGAGGAACCUCUCGAUGUCCCCUUGCCAGCAGAGAUUAGAAUUGGAGUGGCGAGACCUCACUUCUGGGAAGGUUUAGACUCUGCAGUCCAGGAUUACGCAGAGAAAUUCUUGGCAGAGCUCAAAGACAAAGGUUUUAUAGUCAUAGACGAAGGCGAAGUUCCAGGAGUGACUGAGAUGUUUGAAAAACACUUCAUUCCAUCCGUCAAUUAUGAGCUGAUUCCUCGCCUUAAGGAGUACAUGGAGCACCACGGUCACAAAGUAUCAGUUGAAGAAGUCAUCAACAAGAUAGCAUUGCCUGAUGUCAAAGAAAUAUUCCAGUCUGUGGUUCAGGACCCUGUCAGUCCUGAGCUUUACCAGGCAGCGAUGACAGCCAGAGACAAGCUCAGAGAGGACAUGAAGAAGUACUUUGAUGAUCAUCAACUGGACUGUAUCCUCAUGCCUGCCAAUAAGGCAACUCCUCCAAUGAUCAGCGCCUACGAGCCCAGUAUGGAAUUUACCAUCCCUGAAAAUGAUGACUUUGGUAACAUUUGCAACAACCCAUCCCUUGUGAUUCCUGGAGGGUUCGCCAAGGGGACUUGGGCCCUCUUUGGGAUGCAAAUCGAAGGUCUCACCGGCAACGAUAGGCGUCUAAUCGCAGUUGCAAGAGCAAUCGAAGAAGCUCUUGAACUUUAGACUACACGUUAUGAUCAGCUUUGACCAAGAAAAACACUCUUGACAUCAUUUUGGUAGGGCGCUCAAAAGAACUAAUUGCUUUUCAGAACCAGUGAUUUCAAUGGAUA